UAAAUUCAAAAUAAGCCGGUUAUAUUUUGAACUUAUCACGAUAAUGUCCGCUGAUGAUGUCUUUGAAAAAGUGAUCGGUCGGUUCGGAAAAUAUCAAUCAUGGGUUAUGUUUUUGAUAUACAUCGGCCGUUUUCCCACUGAUUUUCAGUUGACCAAUGUAGUUUUUAUUUUACCGAGUGUAGAGUACGAAUGCACAGAUGACCAAGUCUUGAAUACGACAAACUAUUGUCCGUGUACAAAUCCUCAAUACGAUACUAGUAAUAUCGUGGAAUCUGUCACUACCACAUGGAACUUAAUUUGUAACAAAACACAACUGGCUAGCUUUGCACAGUCUACUCUGCAGAUUGGAAUUCUAGCGGGAAGUCUUAUUUAUGGAUAUUUAUCAGACAGAUACGGCCGUAAAGUAACAACCCUAACAGCAUUGAUAACCAACGUUUUAUUCAUAAUAAUAUCCGGAAUAGUUCCAAAACUUUGGAUGUUUCUCGUUUGUCGCUUUUUAAUCGGCACCUCAGUUGGUGGAACAAUGCUUUGCUCUUACAUUCUUAUGGUGGAAUUGAGCGGUACAUCGUUCAGACCGUAUUUAACGGGGCUCACAGAAAUGGCAUAUGUUACGGCGUCAAUAAUUCAACCAAUGAUAGCUUAUUAUGUACGAGAGUGGCGAUAUCUGCAAUUGGUGACGUCAGUUCCCUGGAUAUUUGUUGUACUGUACUAUUGGCUAUUACCAGAAUCACCUCGCUGGUUGCUCACGAUGGGAAAGAAGAAAGAGGCUGUAAAUGUGUUGACGAAGAUUGCUAAAUGGAAUAAUAGACCUACCGAAAAUAUUGGAGCAAUAAUAGAUAAGAUCGAAGUACAUUCACUGAAUCGUGAGAAACAAAAGCACGGUUCUUAUUUGGAUUUGUUUAAAACGACAAAAUUAAGAAUUUACACAAUUGUAAUGGCUAUUGUUUGGUUCUGUUGCGCUCAUACAUUUUUUGGUAUAAACCAAUACAUCGGUAGACUUCAAGGCAAUUUCUAUUUUAAUGUAAUGCUUUCAGGAUUUUUCCUUUUACCUGGAGUAGUUCUUAGCGUUCUUUCGUGUUUAUUUCUUCAAAGAAAGGUGGGCGUUAUAGCAAGUUUUCUAAUAGCAGCGGUUUCUUUAACUGUCUUUAUAUUUAUUCCAAGCAAUGCUUAUACCACUUCUCUAGUUUUUGCUAUACUCGGGCAAAUGGGAGCUUAUAUGGCGUUUAUUCAAAUUUAUUUGUAUACAUCGGAAGUAUUUCCGACUGUAGUAAGAAAUUCCGCUAUGGGAUUCGCUUCAAUGAGUGCAAGAGUGGGAGGUUUUGCUGCACCAUUUGUAGUCAAUAUCGGUGUAGAGUGGGCUUCUAUUACAGUUUUUAGUACUGUGGCUUUAAUUGCAGGAUUUUCAUGCUUCUUAUUACCAAACACUAAAGAUACAGUACUUUUGAAUACAAUUCAACAAACUGAACAGUCUGAUGUAAAAGUUAAAACAUAAUACAUUUUCUUUUUUAAUUCUUUCAUUUAAAAUCGUACUCAUAUUGUAAAAUAUAACAUUGUUAAUUGUAUUUUAUGUGGUCCGUGGGGCGGAGGCCUAGCGUGAAUCACUUACACAGAGUACCACCCUAGUUUAGACACCAGUCCGAUGCGCACAAUGGAAAACAAUAAAGUUAUUU